UGCCUUGUUUUUGGCUCUGCAUCUCUCGUGAGACACAUCGAUGACGCCAUGGGGAUAGCAGUACGAGUUUGGGCAGCCGCCAUGCUGCGGCUGCUGCUUUCUUUGUCGCUCGUCGCCGCGCGCCAUGCUGCGGCGUGUUAGGCUGCUCGCCGUCGCGGCCGCCGUCGCGGCCGCCGUCCCGCGCGACUGCCCGUCGAAGCACCUGCGCCACGACGCCGUCGAGCGGCCGGCGACGUUCGCGCUCGACGCGCGGCUCGUCGACGCCCUGCGCGCGCCGGGCGUGGCCCUCGCGUGGCUCGGCGCCGUCCAAGGCGUCCGCUGGCGGAAGGUCCGGCCCUUCGCGUGCUCUUUCUUAGCGGCGACGAGCAAGGGCUCUUUGUUCGUCCUCGUUUGGAAUCGGACCGCGACCGACCUGGCCGAGAUCGCGGGGCUCGGCGAGCGCGUCCGCGCGCUCAGACUACCGCCGUCCGAGGACGCGUCCGCGCUCGUGCAACACGCGCGGUACCGGGCUUACGCGCACUUCCUCGCCGCGAACCCCGACGUCAAGACGCUCGGCGUCUCGGACGCGACGGACGUCGUCUUCCAGCGCGACCCGUUCGCGCUCGUGAGGGACCCGCGGCAUCUCGUCGUCUCGGACGAGAGCGCGCGCUACACCGUCGCCUCGGAACCCUCGGGCGGCAACCGCUACUGGGUCCAGUGCCUCUACGGGCCGCCUCUCUUUCGGGUGGUGGGCGCGCGGCGCGUGAGCUGCUCGGGCGCGACGGCCGGGGGGCGGGACGCGAUGCGCGCGUAUUUAGAAACGAUGGCGUCGGAGCUCGCGGCGCUGCUGCCGCCGCGCGUCAUGCACGACAUGCCCCGGUCGAUUCCGUUCAAUUUCUACCGAGGGUUCGACCAGGGCGUCCACAACGCGUUACUAGAGAGCGCCUUUGCUCUCGCGUAUAACGUGACGCGGUCGGAUUUGCUCUUCACGGGCAACGGCCAGCGCCUCGGGUCCGACUACGAGCUCCGCGACGGCGCCGUUUUUGUGAAGGGCGCCGCGGCGGCCGUCGUCCACCAGUGGAACCGCAUGCUCGACGGCGGACCGGCCGCGGCCCGACGGCGCUGCCGCUGACGAAGCCUAGGUAUUAAUUUGUGUUGUUUCU